ACGUUUUGUAGAUUUUCUUUCUCCUUCUCCAACGUCGGUGGAGGCCACCGCUCAAGCACCACAGCGUGGGGCAGCCUCCGUGCUUGGAGGUCGCGAACCAUGGUGCAAGGCAGCCACCGCUGAAGUCAGCGAAACCGAGCCUGGUCUAAGGCAGGCAGCGCUGGAGGCCAAGGCCAUGGCCAUUGCCACGUCGGCCCAGCUGGCCCGGGCACUGUACGACAACACAGCUGAGUCCCCCCAGGAACUGUCCUUCCGCCGAGGGGAUGUCCUACGGGUACUGCAGAGGGAGGGCGCUGAUGGACUGGACGGUUGGUGCCUGUGCUCCCUGCAUGGCCAGCAGGGUAUUGUACCUGCCAACAGAGUGAAACUCCUUCCUGACGGCCCAGCACCAAAACCUAGCCUUUCCCCAGCAUCUCCCACCCAGCCUGGCUCAUCAUGUCCAGCUUCAGAGCACAGCAAUGAGGAGCAGGAGGUGUAUGUGGUACCACCCCCAGCUCGGCCCUGUCCUGCUUCAGGACCUCCAGCUAGACCCUGCUCACCCUCACCUGACCCCAUCUACAAGGUCCCCAGAGGCAGUGGGACCCAGCCGGCCUCCCCUGGAGAAAUCUUGGAGGUCUACGACGUGCCCCACACUGCUCUCGGGGUUCCCUCCAGCGGCCCCUAUGACUCCCCAGCCUCCUUUUCCCGCCCUCGGGCUUGGGUUGCCCUACAGCCUCCUGGAGAGGAUGAAGCUCCCUAUGACGUGCCUCUGGCCCCAAAAUCACCUACAGAGCCAGAGCCAGACCUGGAGUGGGAAGGGGGCCGGGAACCAGGACCUCCCCUCUAUUCUGCCCCUUCCAACCUGAAACGGGCCUCAGCUCUCCUCAACCUGUAUGAAGCGCCUGAGGAACUACUGGCAAAUGGGGAAAGCGGGGACGCUGAUGAGGACAUCUAUGAUGUGCCCCUGCUGGGGCCAGAGGCACCCCCUUCUCCAGAGCCCCCAGGAGCCUCAGCCUCCAAUGACAUGGACACCCUUGCCCAGCUUCUGGCCAGAAGUCCCCCACCCCCCCUCAGACCACGGCUGCCCUCUGCAGAGAGCCUGUCCCGACGUCCUCUGCCUGCACUGCCUGUCCUUGAGGCUCCUAGCCCUUCUCCAGCUCCCUCUCCUGCCCCAUGCCGCAAGGGCAGUAUCCAGGACCGGCCUCUGCCUCCACCCCCACCCUGCCUUCCUGGCUAUGGGGGUCCCAAAGUUGAAGGGGAUCCAGAGGGCAGGGAGGUGGAAGAUGAUUCAGCAGGACCCCACAACGAGUAUGAAGGCAUCCCUGUGGCCGAGGAAUAUGACUACGUCCACUUGAAGGGCGUGGAUAAGGCUCAGGGAUCUAGGCCCCCAGAUAAAGCCUUCCCAGGAGACCCGAAACUGCUGGAGAGGGGUUUGCCGGAGCAACAGGAGACCCUGUCCCCAGGGGAGCCAUUGGUUCUGUCCACUGGAGACUUACAGCUCCUGCACUUCUAUUCAGGGCAGUGCCAGAGCCACUACUCAGCACUGCAGGCUGCUGUGGCUGCCCUCAUGUCCAGCACCCAAGCCAGCCAGCCCCCGUGCCUCUUUGUGCCCCACAGCAAGCGGGUGGUGGUGGCUGCUCAUCGCCUAGUAUUUGUUGGAGACACCCUGGGUCGGCUGGCAGUCUCUGCCCCUCUACGAGCACAGGUUGGGGCUGCAGGUACAGCACUGGGCCAAGCCUUGCGGGCCACUGUGCUGGCUGUCAAGGGGGCCGCCCUGGGCUACCCAUCUGGCCCUGCAGCCCAGGAGAUGACCCGAUGUGUGGCAGAACUGGCAGGGCAGGCCCUACAAUUCACCACCCUGCUGACUAGCCUGACCCCUAAGGGUUCAUUGGCAUAGCCCUGCUCCUCCCCUGCCUGGCAGAGCCCCCCUCCAGGUCUUGGGUGACUGAAUGGCUCUGUUUUGGUGAGGAGAAGGUGUCUUUCCCCUUUCCUACCCCUUCUACUCAUCUCAGCCUCUCACAAAGGCAUCUCUCCCAACCCACCACUUUUUUGUAUAAGCCAUUUUAUAUAAAUUAUUUAUAUUUAAUAUUCCCUACUCUGUCAGGGGCGGGUAUCAGGCCCUCUGAGGUAGAGUAGAACUGUACUUCUCUCCAGCCGGGAGUGGAGGUUGCUGCACUGCCUUCUGCCUCUGGAAGUAUGGUACACAGAGAAUCGGUGACAGAAAUGUGAGGCCACACAGAACCUUUUUUCCUAUUUCUUGACUCCAGAACAUCAGUGCUCACUGUCAGCUGAGAGUAAGGGCAGGACACUGCCUAGAAUGUGAAGUGUGGGAGGCCUCAGAGGCCCCCCUCUCAAAAGGUGGGAGAGCUGGGUCUCGGGCAGGGGUAUACACCUCAAUAAACUGUGGUCUGGUUUCCUGACUCUGCUUCUUGGGAACCUGGGGGCCUGGCCUGUGGGACACACACUAGGAAGGGAAAUUUUGUUCCUUCAACUAUUUCCUGGACAGGUUCUGAGCUCCUGAGAUGGGCCAGGCAGAGUUCUAAAGCACACAGUAAAUAUGUUCUAGUGACAGUGGAAUGGAUAUCAAGUCUAUUUCAAAAAGUGCAUAAAAAAAUAAACCUGGAGAGUUGUUGAUGAUGGAA